CAAACCAAAGAGGCCCUCAAGGAGUCCCAAUUCCCUUGCGCCUCUACUCCUAAGAAUCCCCAACCAAACCACCAUUUUUCUAUUCUUCUGCGAGUCACUAGUGCCCUGCGCCCACCGCUCCACUCCAGAUUUCCCAUACGUUUGUAUUAUAAAUAUAAUAUACCACUAUAUAUGUAUGAUCUUUCCUUUUAAGGUUUACCCUUAACAUUUUCCACAUUAAUGCUCCGGAGCUAGCCCAACUCUCUCCAAUGGCGGUGGCGGCUAAAUCUCUGCUACAACUCUCUUCUCCUUGUUUCUUCAACUCCCAAUCGAGUUUCAUAGAAUCAAGAAAAACACCGCGGUUGGCAUGCCAGUCAUCGAGAAUCCUUGCGAAGCCGGUCAAGGGGCCAGGGAGUUUGCGGUUGUUGAGAAAGAGAGAUGUGGCCAAGCAAGAGAGAGGGUUGGUGGUCAGGUGUACGGCGGAUGGGAUGGAAAGAAGGAUGGUGAUCGGAGCAGCGGCAGCUGCGGCGGCGGCGGCUGCAGGAGAGACAAAAGUGGUAAUACCAGAGCGGUUGAAGGUGGUGGGUUUAGUGGCGUGUGUGAUGUGCUUGUGUAAUGCAGAUCGUGUCGUCAUGUCCGUCGCCGUUGUUCCUCUGGCUGACAAGUACGGUUGGUCCAACUCUUUCUUGGGUAUCGUCCAGUCAUCCUUUCUGUGGGGAUACAUAUUCUCGUCGGUGAUUGGAGGGGCACUAGUGGAUAGAUACGGCGGCAAAAGGGUGCUGGCUUUGGGUGUGGCUCUGUGGUCUUUGGCCACCCUUUUGACUCCAUGGGCCGCAAACCACUCCACCGUCGCUCUCUUGGCGGUUCGCGCAUUUUUUGGGCUGGCGGAAGGCGUAGCUCUGCCCUCUAUGAGCACCCUCACCUCCAGGUGGUUUCCGACCCACGAAAGAGCUAGUGCAGUUGGAAUUUCAAUGGCAGGAUUUCAUCUAGGCAACGUCGUGGGAUUGGUCCUCACUCCUAUCAUGUUGUCGUCGAUUGGAAUCUCCGGUCCUUUUAUUCUCUUCUCAUCUUUUGGACUUCUAUGGUUGUCCACCUGGGUGUACAAAGUUACAAGUGAUCCCCGAGACAGCCCUUUUGUGAGCCAAUCGGAGCUCCGGUUGAUCCAGGCCGGAAAAACAGAGUCUCCGACGGGAAAUGGUGGCAAGUUUCCACCCCUGCGCCUCCUAUUAUCUAAGUUACCAACAUGGGCAAUUAUAUUUGCCAAUAUGACCAACAAUUGGGGAUAUUUCAUUCUUCUUUCAUGGAUGCCCGUUUAUUUCAAGACUGUGUUUGCUGUGAACUUGAAGCAGGCAGCCUGGUUCAGUGCGGUUCCAUGGGGGACAAUGGCAGUGUCUGGUUACAUUGCCGGUGCGACCUCAGAUCGCUUAAUCAAGGCUGGCUACUCCAUAACACUAGUCCGAAAGAUCAUGCAAUCUAUAGGUUUCAUGGGUCCUGGAAUUUCAUUACUCUGCCUGAAUUUUGCGAAGUCCCCUGUGGUAGCUGCUAUACUAAUCACCAUAGCCCUGAGUCUCAGUUCUUUCAGUCAAGCCGGAUUUCUUCUGAACAUGCAUGAUAUUGCUCCUCAGUAUGCAGGAUUGCUUCAUGGCAUAUCCAAUUCAGCUGGAACAUUGGGUGCAAUAAUCAGCACGAUCGGAACGGGUUAUUUUGUAGAAUGGUUGGGAUCUUUCCAGGCAUUCCUCACUGUAACAGCAUGUCUCUAUUUCGUUUCAACCAUAUUUUGGAACCUCUGUGCCACAGGGGAGAGAGUCUUCUAACCUUAAUUUGUCUGAAUAAUCUCCCUUCUGGGUUUAUUCUAAAAAGAUUGGGUCAUUUUUAGGUAUGAAUGAUUCAGUAGUACAGUGAAUGAACAUUUAUCAAAUAAAUGUAGUUCGUUCAUGGUUCUACAUUUGGCAAUUGGAAAAUGUAAAUCUACCAUUUUUUUCCCCCAGUGAUCCAUUCUGGGAAGAAAACAUUAGGCAAGCAUGAAGUUACCUAUUCCACUGAGAUGAGGAAAUGCA